CUGACAGUAUUUCCGGGUCAAGGAGCAGUGCAGCACCGGUGUACACACGUUUCUACGUGAGUCUUAAAAACGGCUUUUCAUGACGAAGUGGUUUUCGUGUCCGAGAAGACAGGAAGAUACAACACGGUGGAAACGGUCUUUAUUGAUCAGGCUCAACGUCUGGCCCUACAGAGGGAGAUAGACAAGGAGUCCCAGUCCACGGUUUCAGUCAGAUCACUGAUGGUCCAGGCCGACACAGGCAACAGGAACGUUACCAUGAAGAAGACAAACAAGAAGAGUGGGAAGGACACCAACGGUGAGGAAGUCAUGACUAAUGGAAAUGACGGAGGAGGGUGCGGCCAGAAGAAGAAGCAGAAAGGUUUUAACACUGUUAAAACGGAGCUACAGACAGAACACAGUGGAUUAAAGGACGAGAAAGGAGUAGUGGAAAAUGGGCAGAAGCUGAAAAAAAAUAAGCUCUCUCAGGCAGAAGAGACAGAGAUCAGUGUUGUCAAGGUAGAGGAAGGAGAGGUGAUAGAAAUAAAGAAAGGCAAGAAAGAGAAGGGAAAAACAGAGGAAGGAAAGAAGGAGAAAAAGAUCCCUAAAGCUGCUGAACCAACUGAGAGUCAGGAGGAGGAAGAGGGGGAGACGAAGAAGAAAAAGAAGGGUAAGAAAAGAGCAGUCGCUGAGAAAGGAGAGACAAAAGAGAAAGAGUGCGGAGAGACAGAGAAAGAAGUGGUAGUAAAGAAGGGAGCUGAGGCUACAGCAGCAGUACAGGAGGAGGAACAGAAUAACACCAAGAAGAAGAAGAAGGGAGCUGAGGCUACAGCAGCAGUACAGGAGGAGGAACAGAAUAACACCAAGAAGAAGAAGAAGGGAGCUGAGGCUACAGCAGCAGUACAGGAGGAGGAACAGAAUAACACCAAAAAGAAGAAGAAGGGAGCUGAGGCUACAGCAGCAGUACAGGAGGAGGAACAGAAUAACACCAAAAAGAAGAAGAAGGGAGCUGAGGCUACAGCAGCAGUACAGGAGGAGGAACAGAAUAACACCAAAAAGAAGAAGAAGGGAGCUGAGGCUACAGCAGCAGUACAGGAGGAGGAACAGAAUAACACCAAGAAGAAGAAGAAGGGAGCUGAGGCUACAGCAGCAGUACAGGAGGAGGAACAGAAUAACACCAAGAAGAAGAAGAAGGGAGCUGAGGCUACAGCAGCAGUACAGGAGGAGGAACAGAAUAACACCAAAAAGAAGAAGAAGGGAGCUGAGGCUACAGCAGCAGUACAGGAGGAGGAACAGAAUAACACCAAGAAGAAGAAGAAGGGAGCUGAGGCUACAGCAGCAGUACAGGAGGAGGAACAGAAUAACACCAAGAAGAAGAAGAAGGGAGCUGAGGCUACAGCAGCAGUACAGGAGGAGGAACAGAAUAACACCAAAAAGAAGAAGAAGAAACCCAAGUCCUCCAGCAGCGCUGCAGACACCACCAUGGACACGGAGAGAAAGGAGGAGGGCAAGAAGAAGAAGAGAAAGGCCUCUGCACUAACAGAGGAGGCGGAUGUGGUGGACAAGUGGAAGCCCAAACAUGUGAAAAGGGUGGAUAUGACAGGAGUAGUGGAACAGUUGGAGGACAGAGAGAGUGAGGGAAGGAAAAAGAAGGUGAAGAAGAGCUCUGAGGUAGAGACAGAAAUGGAGGACAGCACCCCUCACCAGAAAGGGAAGAAGGUUAUGACGAAGGGGAAAAAGAAGAUAAAGGUGGAGAGCUGCGACCCUGAAUACCAGGAGGUGAGUUAAAGGGGUUAAGGGUCAGAGGUGAAGAGGUUAUCAAAUCAUGGGUCUCCUUCAGCAGGGUACACCGUUGUGGAACGUUCAGAUAGACAUAUAUGAUGUAGAACAAACAUGUCUCUCUGACAUGUAGAAUGAGGAAUCGUGUCGGCUCUAUUCCUGACAUUUCUAUCUGAAAUGGUCAACAAUGUUUGCCUCUGGAAGGUGGCCCUGAUUCUAGAGCCAUUUGAAAGGUCCUUGUUGAAAGUAUUGUAAAAACCAAUGCUCUGACCCGCACCCAGAAUGCUGGAGGUGCUGACUAACAGAAUAGUUAACUGUUAAAUGAAUAUAAAAACCAAUGCUCUGACCCGCACCCAGAAUGCUGGAGGUGCCGACUAACAGAAUAGUUAAACUGUUAAAUGAAUAUAAAAACCAAUGCUCUGACCCGCACCCAGAAUGCUGGAGGUGCUGACUAACAGAAUAGUUAAACUGUUAAAUGAAUAUAAAAACCAAUGCUCUGACCCGCACCCAGAAUGCUGGAGGUGCUGACUAACAGAAUAGUUAAACUGUUAAAUGAAUAUAAAAACCAAUGCUCUGACCCGCACCCAGAAUGCUGGAGGUGCUGACUAACAGAAUAGUUAAACUGUUAAAUGAAUAUAAAAACCAAUGCUCUGACCCGCACCCAGAAUGCUGGAGGUGCUGACUAACAGAAUAGUUAAACUGUUAAAUGAAUAUAAAAACCAAUGCUCUGACCCGCACCCAGAAUGCUGGAGGUGCUGACUAACAGAAUAGUUAAACUGUUAAAUGAAUAUAAAAACCAAUGCUCUGACCCGCACCCAGAAUGCUGGAGGUGCUGACUAACAGAAUAGUUAAACUGUUAAAUGAAUAUAAAAACCAAUGCUCUGACCCGCACCCAGAAUGCUGGAGGUGCUGACUAACAGAAUAGUUAAACUGUUAAAUGAAUAUAAAAACCAAUGCUCUGACCCGCACCCAGAAUGCUGGAGGUGCUGACUAACAGAAUAGUUAAACUGUUAAAUGAAUAUAAAAACCAAUGCUCUGACCCGCACCCAGAAUGCUGGAGGUGCUGACUAACAGAAUAGUUAAACUGUUAAAUGAAUAUAAAAACCAAUGCUCUGACCCGCACCCAGAAUGCUGGAGGUGCUGACUAACAGAAUAGUUAAACUGUUAAAUGAAUAUAAAAACCAAUGCUCUGACCCGCACCCAGAAUGCUGGAGGUGCUGACUAACAGAAUAGUUAAACUGUUAAAUGAAUAUAAAAACCAAUGCUCUGACCCGCACCCAGAAUGCUGGAGGUGCUGACUAACAGAAUAGUUAAACUGUUAAAUGAAUAUAAAAACCAAUGCUCUGACCCGCACCCAGAAUGCUGGAGGUGCUGACUAACAGAAUAGUUAAACUGUUAAAUGAAUAUAAAAACCAAUGCUCUGACCCGCACCCAGAAUGCUGGAGGUGCUGACUAACAGAAUAGUUAAACUGUUAAAUGAAUAUAAAAACCAAUGCUCUGACCCGCACCCAGAAUGCUGGAGGUGCUGACUAACAGAAUAGUUAAACUGUUAAAUGAAUAUAAAAACCAAUGCUCUGACCCGCACCCAGAAUGCUGGAGGUGCUGACUAACAGAAUAGUUAAACUGUUAAAUGAAUAAAUGGAUAAAACAGUGUUGACUUUCUUAUUGAAUUGUUUCUACUUAAAGGUAUUAAAACGCUGACAGUAUCAGUCUGUAGUUGUCUGAUAUGUUGUUUUGUUCCAACCCCCAGAGGGACCAGACAGAUGUGGUUUUCCUGUCAGAGACCAGGGGAAACACCUUCGAGAUCAAUAUUGAUCAGGGCAGACGCCUGGCCCUGCAGAAUGAGAUCGACCAGAAGUCCAAUCCAGUCCAACUCAAAGCAGCACCGGUACCAUCGGGUUUGGGCCAGUGGGGCACUGCACAGUUUGACAGUUCCGACCAACAUAGUAAGUUCCUGCGGUUGAUGGGCGGCUUCAAGAAGAGCGGGCAGCCAAUAGCAGCGAGCGGUGCGACGGGAGGGCGGGCCAACAUGGCGCUGACUAAAGACGGACAGCAGAGCUUGCAGCAAGGCCUACUGGGGGAGUUUGAGCGCGCUCAGUCGCGCCGCAUGGACUUCACGGGAAGGGGGGCGGGACUUGGGUUCUCGGCGCCGUCCAAUAAGAAGUUCUCAAUUGACAUCAACACAACCCGAUCGGUGCGCUUCGAUGACUAAGUCGGGACGGACCAUUGAGUGUGUGUCUAGCAUCCAAAAUUGAUUUGGAUGAGUGUGUGUGUGUACCUUUUCUCUUGCAGGGUCUUGGGAGUGUCUGUCGGUGAAUGUGGUGUGUAUGAAUGUAUAUACGGUACCAGUCAGUAGUUUGGACACACCUACUCAUUACAGGGUUUUCCUAUAUUUUUACUACAUUGUAUAAUAAUAGUGAAGACAUCAAAACUAUGAAAUAACACAUAUGGAAUCAUGUAGUAACCAAAAAAGUGUUAAACAAAUCAAAAUAUAUUUUAUAUUUGAGAUUCUUCAAAGUAGCCACCCUUUGCCUUAAUGACAACUUUGCACACUCUUGGCAAAUAUAUUUUGACUUUUUUUGGUUACUACAUGAUUCCAUAUGUGUUAUUUCAUAGUUUUGAUGUCUUCGCUAUUAUUCUACAAUGUAGAAAACAGUAAAAAUAAAGAAAAAUCCUGAAAUGAGGUGUGUCCAAACUUAUGACUGGCAACAAAAAUAUAAAUGCAACAAUUUUAAUGAUUUUAACGAGUUAGUUAUAAAGAAAUCAGAAAUAAAUCCAUUAGGCCCUAAUCUAUAGAUCUCACAUGACUAGGCAGGGUGCAGCCAUGGAUGGGCCUGUGAGGGCAGAGGCCCUCCCACUGGGGAGACAGAUCCAGCCAAUCAGAAAAGGCUUUUCCCCACAAAAAGGUUUUAUUACAGACAGAAAUACUCUAGUUUCAUCAGCUGGCUGGGUGGAUGGUCUCAGACGAUCCCGCAGGUGAAGAAGACUGAACGUCGAGGUCCUGGGCUGGCUUGGUUACACGAGGUCUGUGGUUGUGAGGCCUUUUCGACGUACUGCCAAAUUCCCGAAAAUGACAUUGGAGGCGGCUUAUGGUAGAGAAAUGAACAUUCAAAUCUUUGGCAACAGCUCUGGUGGACAUUCCUGCAGUCAGGUUGCCAAUUGCACAUGCCCUCAGAACUUCAUCUGUGGCAUUGUGUUGUGACAAACCCGCACGUUUUAGAGUGGUCUUUUGUCCCCAGCACAAGGUGCACCUGUGUAAUGAUCAUGCGGUUUAAUCAGCUUCUUGAUAUGCCACACCUGUCAGGUGGAUGGAUUACCUUGGCAGAGGAGAAAUGCUCACUAACAUGGAUGUAAACAUAUGUGUGCACAAUGAGAGAAAUAACAUGUGUGUGUAUAUGGAACAUUUCUGGGAUCUUUUAUUUCAGCUCAUGAAACAUUCAUAUUUUUGUUCAGUAUAUUAGGAGUACUGUGUAUUAGGAGUAUUGUGUGACAUAAAGCUGCACCUAUC